CACCAACAUAUCAAACGCCCAACAACGACAUCCGCAUCGAAGCUCUGCGAUAUAAACUUCGACGCAUUAACCCAGGACACUGUCCUACCUCCAAAACCUCAUACACCUCACAUCGGUCUCCCAGACCACUACCACCUCCCAAUGCCCCGCCAAAUCCUCCGCCGCCCCUCCUCCCCCACCCAACCCCUCCUCCAGCUCCCCGCCGAACCCGAAUCCGACUCCUCCCCCGAAGACACCACCUCGACCCUCCACCCCGCCAGCAGCAGCAGCAGCUCCAUGCACUUCCCCGACCGCUACCAAACCCCGCACCAGCGCGACAUGCGGCGCUACUUCGCCUUCGCGAGCGCCAUCGUAUCCUGCCUCUGCGCCGGCUCUAUAACCGCCUACUCCCUCUACGGACACCUAUUCCAGGAGCGCCUGCGCUACACACAGUUGCAGGUGAAUAUCAUUUCCAUCACCGCCGAACUGGCGAUGUACCUCCCCGUCCCCAUCUUCGGAUACCUCUGCGACCGUGUUGGCCCCGCGCCGCUGUCGCUCUUCGCGGGGGUGGUGUUCGGCCUCGGGUAUACCCUCGCGGCAUUCACAUAUCGGAGCGGUGCGGCGGAGGUGGUGGUUCCGGAGGAGCAGGGGGGUUGGCCGUUUGCGUGUAUGGUUGUGGCGUUUGUGGGGAUUGGGAUGGGGACGGCGAGUAUGUAUUUGUCUGCUGUGACGACUUGUGCGAAGAAUUUCGGGCGCGGAAAACAUAAGGGACUUGCGCUCGCGGCGCCGAUAGCGGCGUUUGGGCUGAGUGGGAUGUGGCAGAGUCAGAUUGGGAGUCGUGUGCUUUAUGAGCGGUUGCCGGGCGGGGGCAAGGGGGAUGUGGAGCCGUUUAUGUAUUUCCUGUUCCUGGCUGUGACGUUACUUGCGGCGGGACUGCUGGGGUCGGUGGGGUUGAAGGUUGUGGGUGAGGAUGAGCUGAUUGAUGAUGCGUUGGAGAAUUUGGAGGCGAGUGGGUUGUUGCAGGAUAGUGCGUUUUUUAGGGGGGGCGAGGCGGCGAGGGAUUAUGGAUCUAUUAAUGGUCAUGAUUCGACGGAUGAUACGGCUUCGACUAGGCGGUUGGCGGCGGCGGCGAAGGCGAGGGAGGCUGCGAGGGAGGCGCUGGAGGCAAGGAAGAAGACGUUCUUGCUUAAUGAGGAGACGCGCAUCUUUUUGACUGAUCCGACGAUGUGGCUCCUUGCCCUGGGUUUCUUCCUCGUCACCGGCCCCGGAGAGGCAUUCGUUAAUAAUCUCGGCACCAUCAUUGGGACGCUCUACCCUCCCCUCGAACCAGGCGUCAAGGGCGAGACUAAAACUACAGCAGCUACGCAUGUGAGUAUCGUCGCCGUGACUAGCACCAUCGCGCGCAUCCUCACCGGUACACUCACCGACCUCCUCGCUCCCGCCUCCCGCCCCCACGAAAACAUGGCUGCAUCCAUCUCCUCCCUUCGUCCACCAUCAUUUCGCCCCUCCCGUCUUACAAUCUCCCGCAUCGUCUUCCUCCUCUUCUUCUCCAUCCUCAUGGCAGGCGGACAAGUUGCAUUAGCAAGCGGAUUCAUCCAGGGUAACGGGGAGCGCUUCUGGAUCGUCUCAUCAGCCAUCGGAGCUGGUUACGGAGCGGUUUUCAGCAUCACUCCUAUUAUCAUCAGCGUCAUCUGGGGUGUGGAGAACUUCGGAACAAAUUGGGGAAUCGUCGCGGUCGUGCCGGCGCUGGGGGCGACGGUGUGGGGGGUGGUGUAUAGUAGUGUGUAUCAGUGGGCGGCGGGGAAGGGGGGUGUGGAGGAUAGGGAUACGGAUGUGCUUUGUUAUGGGCGGGGGUGCUAUGAGACUACGUUCUGGGCGAUGGCGGGGAGCGUGUGGCUUGCGUGCUUGCUGUGGGCGUGGGCGUGGAAGGGGCCGGGAGGGUGGUCUCAGAGGGGUAUUGCUGUUUGAGGCGAGGUCUUUGGUUACGGUGUAUAUACGGAAUUGGGGCGCGUGGGUGUGGAGACUUGGGUUCUUGUUCUUAUUUCGGGAGUUUCUGGGACACAUGGAGGGUGCAUAUUAGGUACGCGAGCAUUAUUUUUAACCUCGCGCAAAGAUAGUGUGAAUAAAGAUGGUACUACAUUUACCUCCUACUAUACAAACUCAACACCGAAACAACAGG